UGUUGCAAAAACCCCUAUUUUCAGCCAUGGAAUCGGUCAUCAACAUGAUGAGAGAAGUGGAGGUCCAGGAGAAAGCAGUGGAUAUUGUUCAAGAGGAAGCUUCUAGGGGAGGUUUGGAUAUCAUGGUCAAAGUGGAGGAGCUUAAACGGAUGUUGGCACAUGCAAAAGACGCAAAUGACAUGCAUGCUGGAGAAGUCUUUGGGGAGAAAGCAAUUUUAGCAACUGAAGCGAAGGAGCUUCAGUCUCGAUUGCUCAACUUAUCAGAUGAGAGAGAUAAAUCACUUGCGAUUCUUAAUGAGGUUGACUCCACUUCAUUGAGUUGCUUAUUGCACUGCAUUACUGUUGGUGCAUGCUCUAUUUCACUAAUUUAUCCAUUUAUCUUUAGAUUGCCUCAUUUUUAUGCUGUCUUUUUCGUAUCGUAUUCUUCAAAAACAACAAUUGCAUGA